CGCCGUUGUUAAUUUUAACAGACUUUGAACUCUGCCAUCGAUAGGCAGAUGUCAUUUAAGAAAUUGCUACGUUGAAAAUGUGAAAAAUAAGGUUUCCUAAAAUUUUGCACAAAUAUCUUAGUAAAUAAUUAAAAAUUUAACGAAAAAGUGCGAAAAUCAAUUAAAUAAAGUCUGCUAGUAAACAAAAGAUAAUUUAAAAACCCUUGUGAUAGUGUUAUGGUCAUGGGUGAGAAUAUAAUGGACGAAUUAGCAUCACUAAUACGCACUGAAAUUCCCGAUGGACGUCAAAGUCUACGCGACAGUUAUACCAAUCUGGAAAGGGUGGCCGACUAUUGUGAGGACACUUACUAUAGAGCCGAUAAUAAGAAGGCCGCUUUAGAAGCCACCAAAAACUACACCACACAAUCGUUGGCCAGUGUAGCUUAUCAAAUUAAUACACUGGCUUACAGUUAUAUGCAGCUAUUGGAGUUGCAGGCUCAACAGCUGAGUGAAAUGGAAUCACAAAUGAAUCAUAUAGCCCAAACGGUCCAGAUUCACAAGGAGAAGGUGGCCAGGAGAGAAAUUGGUGUCCUUACCGCCAAUAAAGUUAGCACUCGUCAGUUUAAAAUUGUGGCGCCCAUCAAUCCGGAAAAGCCCAUUAAAUAUGUGCGCAAGGCUAUUGAUUAUUCGAUUUUGGAUGAUAUUGGCCAUAGUGUCAAUACCAAUCAAAUGAAUCGUAAUCCUAAACAACAACAUCGUGGCUCUUCACAUGGAUCGGUUCAAUCCUUGGCCCAACCUUCGGUAGUGGGACCACCACCUACCACAAAACCACCCACACCGCCCCAAAUGUCACGUGGUGGCAAUACUGGCACUUUGGGCAAGUCUGUGAGUAAUACCGGUACUUUGGGUAAAAGUUCACGCGAAUAUCGUACACCUCCGGUGGUCAAUCCACCGCAAGUACCCUCACACUAUGCACCCAACUAUCCCAUUGGUCAUCCAAAACGUUUGUCUUCGGCCUCUUCGAGUACUACAGCCACCGGUGUCAGUAGUACUGGUUUGGGUGCAAAUAGUUCUGUUAAUAAUGAACGUGCUGCUGGUUACAGUGCUCUUCCCAUGCCGCCAAGCCAACAGAUUGCAACUCAUGUUAAUUUACCCUCAGCUGGUAUGAUGCAAUCUUUGCCACCACCACCACCCACUACAUACGAUGAUCGUAAUAGUAUGCCACCACCACCUUCUCCCUUGACAGUUUCCCAACAUGAGAUCACCGAACAGAGUCACAUUGGCAUGCAUACUUUGGGGCGUAAUCAUAAUAGAAAUGGCAACAGCCGAAAUCAUUUUAGCUUAAACUUUGCUAGACCCGGCUCACAAUCACCACCCUUGCCACCGCCACCACCACCAGAGGAAGAGCAUCAUGACUUUGGAAGACCACGUAAUUCAGCUGGUCAGGGACAAUUAGCUCCCAUAGUGCCCGAUGAUCAAAAUUUGCCAGGAUGGGUGCCCAAGAACUAUAUAGAAAAAGUUGUGGCCAUUUAUGAUUAUUAUGCUGACAAAGAUGAUGAACUUAGUUUUCAGGAGAGUUCAGUAUUAUAUGUUCUAAAGAAAAACGAUGAUGGUUGGUGGGAGGGUGUUAUGGAUGGUGUAACUGGUUUAUUCCCUGGCAAUUAUGUAGAACCUUGUGUUUAAAUUUACAAACAUAAUAACUGCCACAAUAAUUUCUUUACAUAAAAAAGAACAUAAAAUUAAUCACAAAGACAAGAAUUUACUUCAUAUUCAGUAAAAAGAAACAGCAUUUCUUUAAAGAAAAUAUAUAUAAAUAUUAAAUAACAAUAAGUUUAUAAGGGAAACAAACACAACUAACAAACACCACAAAAUUUAUACAUACAUAAAGUGAAGCAGUUUUCUUUCCAAGUAUUUCAUACAAAACAUAAUAAUGGUAAUAAUAGUAUUUUGUUAACAUUCAUUCAACUUAUAGGCCUUUUGAUAACACAAUGAAUAUGAUUACAAUGAUAUAAUGAUGUUUAGUAUUAUAGCAAAAAACAUUAACAUUGGAAAUUAAGUACGUACAUUUAUCCUCUGGUAUAUAAAAUAAUAAAAAAAUUAUACAAAAAUAACAACAGCAA